UUGAGCUGGACGCUUCGUCACCAGCUGAUAUUUUCCUUCCUCAGGACCAGCUGUUCAGGAGCACCCGGACCGGAGCCAGGCACAUUCGAGACUUGGAUCUGACCAAGGGCGGCAACAGCAGGGCUCGUGCGGCGAUGUCGGUGGUAGAAGAAAGCCGGCCCUUUGCUCAGCAGCUCUCUAACGUCUACUUCACCAUCCUCUCACUGUUCUGUUUCAAGCUCUUUGUGAAAAUCAGCCUCGCCAUCCUCAGCCACUUCUACAUAGUGAAAGGCAACCGCAAGGAGGCGGCCCGGAUAGCGGCUGAGUUCUACGGAGUAACCCAAGGACAAGGUUCCUGGGCAGAUCGGUCACCACUUCAUGAAGCAGCAAGUCAAGGUCGUCUUCUUGCUCUGAGAACGUUAUUAUCACAGGGCUAUAAAGUCAAUGCAGUAACCAUAGACCACGUCACCCCGUUACACGAAGCCUGCCUUGGAGAUCACGUGGCCUGUGCCAGGACGCUUCUGCAAGCGGGAGCUAACGUAAAUGCGAUCACCAUAGACGGUGUGACCCCGUUAUUCAAUGCGUGCUCACAAGGCAGCCCCAGCUGCACAGAACUGCUUCUGGAACACGGUGCCAAAGCCCAGCUGGAGUCCUGUCUUCCUUCCCCUACACACGAGGCCGCCAGCAAAGGUCACCAUGAAUGUCUGGAAAUCCUGAUAUCCUGGGGCAUAGAUGUUGAUCAAGACAUUCCUCAUCUGGGAACCCCUCUGUAUGUGGCUUCUAUGUCUCAGCAGUUCCACUGCAUCCGGAAGCUUCUUUAUGCUGGCGCUGACGUACAAAAAGGCAAAUAUUGGGACACCCCAUUACACGCCGCUGCCCAACAGUCCUGUACAGAAAUUGUAAACUUACUGCUAGAAUUUGGAGCGGACAUCAAUGCCAAAAACACAGAGCUUCUGAGACCUGUCGACGUAGCGACCUCUAGCAGUUUGGUGGAAAGAUUACUGCUUCAGCACGAAGCUACCCCAAGCUCUCUGUGCCAACUUUGCAGACUCUGUAUCAGAAACUACAUUGGAAGACCAAGAUUACACCUUAUCCCACAGCUCCAGCUACCAACAUUAUUGCAGAAUUUCUUACAGUAUCGAUAAGGCAGUAAAAUAAUUCUAAAUGUUUGAAAAUCAAUCAAACAUUUCUAUUUCAUCUGCAUAGUGUAUAUUUCAUAUUAAAAUAUGCUAAAGAUAGGGUAAAGAGAUAUGAGAACACCCCGCAGAAGAAGUGAAAUAGCAAUUUU